AUGGAAAAACCCGGAUUCAAGCCCUUCAGUGAAUUACAAAAGUAUGGACGAAAGACAGCCAAUCUUGCAAAAGAAUACAUUCGACGCGUAAAAGAAAUUGCAAAAAUAAAAGAACAGUUAUGGUUUAAUCACAGAUGCAAAGAAAAUGAUCUACUUCCAGCCAGUCUCGCAAUUAAAUCGCCAUUAAAAACUGCCAAGGGAAUUAAAACGGUAAGACAAACUAGCAAAAAACUUGUUAUCGUAAGAAUAAAUGAUUGUCACAAGCGAAAGAGUAUUCAUGAAAAAGCGUACAGUGACAUUGAAAGAUACCUAGAAAGCAGUAUACCCGGAGAUUUGCUAGAUGUAGUUAAGAAUAUCGCAACAGAACAAUCUCGUAAAGUGAAAGAAGAGACGCAUACACGUUUGAACGAUAAAUUACUGGCGCUAGAACAGAAAGGACAUGUGAAUAAUAAACAGAAACCUCCUAGUAAUUUUAUCAAGAACAUAUCUAGCAGAGUUUUAGAUGAGCAUGAAAAGACCGUUUUGUCAUAUGGUAUGAAACAGUCGUUAGCACCAAAACGUUUACCCACGGCUAAGAUCCCUGCGAGUGUAGAAUCUGCUAUAUAUCGAGAGAAUCUUUCUGCGGAAGCGAAAGAAACAGUUCGGGCUAAGGUUGCGUCAACUCUUCAAACGAGUCAAAAACCAGUAAGCAAUUUAACUAAGGCUGAACGAGAAGCAUUGUCUAAGUUGCGAAAGGACGAUUCGAUUGUUAUUACACCAGCCGAUAAAGGUCGUGUAACCGUAGUGAUGGAUAAAUCUGAGUACCACAAAAAAAUGGAUACAACGUAACCUAAAUAAAAAACUUUGGCCGUUACAUUUAGCAAACAUUAUAAAGAAACCUUUGUACUCAAAACUUCGUUGUUCGGUUGCGCAAGCUCCAAAACUGUAUGGUUUGCCUAAAAUUCACAAGGAGAAUACACCUAUGAGACCAAUCGUGUCGUUUUGUUCAUCACCAACAUAUGAACUUUCAAAAUAUCUUGCACGCAUUUUGAAGCCUUUAACAGAGCGCUCGAAACACCGCCUCGUGAAUUCCGCAGAUUUCAUAACGAAAAUUCAAGCGGAGACGAUCAGUGCCACUCAUGAACUGGUCUCCUUUGAUGUUAAGUCUUUAUUCACAAGUAUUCCAUUAAAACUAGCAAUUGAGUGCAUGGAAGAGUCCUUAGCUAACUAUGAUGAUGAACUUCCAAUCCCGCAGGAAAAGAUCAUAGAGAUAUAAUCUGGAGAUAUAACAAGGUACAAACUAUUAUGUGACAAAGUUACCUCACUUGUAUCAAAUGCGAAAAAGAAUUACUAUCAACUAAAAGCAGAGGGUACACGCGAAACGAAUCCGGCAAAGUGGUACAAAACCAUAUUUGAACUUGCUGCCGCUAAUGACUGUAACUCUCAACCACCAGCUGAUGCAGCAGAGUUAGCGGAACGCUUGCAACAAAGCUUCACCAAACCUUGGCAGAAUGCCAACCCCACUGAAAUUCCGGACGUUGGGGAAAUUGAACUCCUACUUAAGAGUGAUACCAGUCCCCCGUUGCCUUCCAUCGGACAAAUUAAGGCUACCCUUAAACAUCUAAAUCCCAGGAAGGCCACUGGCUCAGAUGAGAUCCCUCCAUGGUUACUGAAACGUUACCAUGAAGAACUUGCCCCUGUUAUUCAUAACAUCAUAUGCUCUAGCAUCUCCCAGGCUAAAUACCCAACCCUAUGUAAACACGCAUUGGUCACCCCAGUGCCUAAAAUAUACCCUCCUAAUGACAUGGAUAAUGAUUUUCGCCAAAUCUCAGUAUUACCGCAAUUGGCUAAAGUCUUAGAAAGCAUCCAACUUAAAUUAAACAAAGGGGACCUUAAGAUCAAGGACAAUCAACAUGCAUUUACACACGGUAGAUCAACUGUAUCUGCACUGGCGAGCAUCACCCAAAAUUGGUUCAACAAGACUGAAAACUCACGUGAUGGAAGAAGAAUGGGUAUCCACGCAAUAUUUAUUGACUUUUGCAAAGCAAAUGAUCUGGUGGACCACGGAUUGCUUUUAAGGAAGCUCGCCAAAAUGAACGUGUCGAAAAGCUUCUGGCUAUGGACACGGAGCUUUCUAGAAGGGAGGAGUCAGCAACUAAAAUUACAAGGUGCUCUGUCAUCUAUAAGGCCUUGCCCUUCCGGAGUCUCCCAGGGAUCUGUUAUAUCACCAACAUUGUUUAAUGUUCAUGUGGAUGACCUCGAAGACUGCAUUCCCAAUUAUCUGGACAUCAAUACGCACAAAUACGCAGAUGACUGCACUCAAGAUGAAGUGAUUCCAUACGGUUCUACUACCAACAUGCAAGAGGUGCUCGAUAAUAAACGACUGGGCACAUAG